AUGAUCAUCCCAACUGGUUUUCGUUUGUUAUUUGUUCUUUUUGGGUUGCUCGUCACCGAGUCAUUCGCGUGGCCAGUGAACCUCCACGCUAGUCGCGGCAUCGGCGGCGUCGGGUUAGAAGUUGACGUCGACGUUACGACUGAGAAAAAUCCGAGGCUGGAAGGUGGUGAGAAAAACUUCGACCUGACCCUCACAUGGGAGGACUAUGCUCCAGACGGCUUUGCUAGGAAGAUGCUGUUGGUAAACGGGCAGUCUCCUGGUCCUCUUCUUGAAAUUGAUCAAGGAGACUGGGUAGUUGUCACCGUCCACAACCAGUCUCCAUUCAACACAACGAUUCACUACCAUGGAAUUGAGAUGAUCGACACUCCUUGGUCAGACGGUGUUCCAGGAGUAAUACAACGCCCGAUUGCCUCAGGUAGCAGUUUCGUCUAUGAGUUCAGAGCAACUCAAUUUGGCAGCUACUGGUAUCAUUCCCAUUUUCACGGGCAGAUUGAGGAUGGGCUUUAUGGCCCAAUAUUAAUCCACCCGGCCAAGGAUACGCUUAAACCCUUUCACAUGAUCUCACCCGACCCUCAGGUGCAACAGCGCCUUCGAGAGGCUGAGAAGGGUGCUACACCACUUCUUAUAUCGGACUUUACGCAUCUAACCUCUGAUGAAAAAUGGGACAUGACGCAGAAGGCGGGCUUGGAGAUUUCAUGCUAUGACUCUGUUCUCUUCAACGGCAAGGGGAGCGUCCAAUGCCAAAGCCUAAAUGAUCUAGAACUGCGUCUGAGUCAAAUACAGAGGGGAUACUUGGCUACGGUACCGGGUGCAUCCAUAACUGAUAAGGGUUGUCUUCCAGCCUCAACAUUGAUCAAAUUUGGUGGCGGUAGCGGCAACGAGAGCGCGUUACCACUCGGGACCUUCUCGGGUUGCAAGCCUACAACGGGAUCAAUCGAAACAAUCAAGACUCGGAAGCCAGCUGAUCCGGAUGGCGAGUGGAUUGCAAUGGAUAUAAUCGGAGGCUUCAGCUUCAUCACCGCCGUCAUCUCCAUCGAUGAGCACGAUAUGUGGGUAUACGCCGUGGACGGCUCCUACAUUGAGCCACAGAAGGUCCAGGCAAUAACCGUGUCCAACGGGGACCGAUACUCGGUUUUUAUCAAUACCAAAAAGACUGGAAACUUCAAGAUCCGUUGCAGCUCGGUCAACAUCGCCCAGAUACUUGUGGGGCAUGCGAUACUCUCGGUCGGUGGCAGCAAUAGUACCGAUGCCUCCGAAGCCUUUAUCGACAUAUCUGGAAACCCCAGGUCCCCAGAUGUCACUUUUUUUGAUCAAGCUAUUGCGCACCCAUUCCCACCAGAGCCUAUUGCAGCAACAGCCGACGCCUUCUUCCCGCUCAACAUGAAGGUGGAUGGCGCCUCCUAUCUCUGGGCCAUGAACAGCACGAGACUGAUGCUAACUGAUAUUGAUAAUUCGGAUCCCGUCCUCUUCGCACCAGCUCCUAACCUACAAAACAACGUCACCAUCACAACCAAGUUCAACUCUUGGGUAGACCUUCUCUUCUUCACAGGCAACGAGCCGAUGCCGCCGCACCCUAUUCAUAAGCAUGGAAAUAAGAUGUUCCAGAUUGGGUCGGGAGUUGGCGUCUUUAAGUGGAACUCGACCGAGGAGGCGAUCAGAGAGGUACCCGAGCAAUUCAACUUGGUUAAUCCUCCGAAGCGAGAUGGAUUUGCGUCGCUUACCGCCUUUGGCAAUGUGACUUGGGUUCUUGUGAGAUACCACGUUACAAACCCCGGCGCUUGGCUACUACACUGCCACAUUGACAAUCAUCUUCAAGGUGGUAUGAUGAUGGUGAUCCAGGAUGGCGUCGAUCAUUGGCCGCUGGUUCCGGAUCGUUACCGGGACUUUGGAGGAUACGAGUAA